UUUUUACUCGGAGUCACAUCCGGUGAUGUGUUCCAGGGCACCUGCUUCCUCACCCAAAGAAAAUGACAAGCAUUAAAGAAACACGAGAUUUUUUCCUGUGGUGCAUAUCGGUUAUUUACUUGAUUGCAUUUUCAUCCCUUUAUGUGCAACUACCAGGUUUGUUUGGAGACAAUGGCAUUAUGCCAGCAAAUCUGGCAAUUGGAUCAAAAGAAAUCACAUCAUGGGAGGAGUUACUUGAAGGCCAACCGACUUUACUGAGAUUGAUGCCAAAACUGGGGCUUAGUACAGAGACAGGGAUGGAUCUGCUGUGCAUUCUGGGAAUUUUGAUCUCGUUCUGUUGUGUGGUGUUCUACAGUGCUAGGGACAUGGUCUCCUUCACACUGCUGUGGAUGAUGUACCUGUCACUCUACCAAGUUGGUCAAACUUUCUUGUGGUUUCAAUGGGACAUCCUUCUAUUGGAAACUGGCUUUCUCACAAUUCUGGUGGCUCCAUUAAACCUGCAGUUUUUCUCAUCAAGACACCACCACCAUGACAGGAUAUCCCUUUGGCUUGUUAGGUGGCUCCUAUUUAGGCUCAUGUUUGCCUCUGGAGUUGUGAAAUUGACCAGUGGUUGUCCAACUUGGUGGGGACUUACUGCACUCACAGUCCAUUUCGAAUCUCAGUGUAUACCAACAGCUCUGGCGUGGUUUUUUCAUCACCUUCCUCAGUGGUUCCUGAAACUCAGCUGUGUAGCAACCUACUUGAUUGAGAUCCCCAUACCCCUUUUGUUCUUUUCCCCUGUGAAAUCCAUGAGGAUGUUUGCAUUUUACUCACAAAUCCUUUUACAGAUGUUGAUCAUCAUCACAGGGAAUUAUAAUUUCUUUAACCUCCUGACCAUAGCACUCUGUAUUUCAUUAGUCGAGGAUGAUUUUUUCAAAAGACACAAAGUGGAGAAACCAUCAACAAUACAGAAUUUGUUCAACAAGUUAUUUUUGUUGGUGGUAUAUGGGUACCUAAUGUAUCAGACAGUGAUGCAGUUUUCUUUACAAGUUUCCUAUAGCCCUUACUUUGAAAUCAAGUCCAAAAUAGCUUUCUCUAAAGAAGAGUUUUCCUCGUGGUUAGAAAAAGUCGUCCCAGCAACUAUUAUUUUGGGAGCUGUUUCUUUGGGAUAUAUCAUACUAAGCUCACUUUUCAGGUGCCUUGCGGAAGAGAAAGGAAUAUGGAAACUUUGGAGUCUUAUGCAAUGUGCAGUGAUGGGGGUGUUGGCUGUAGCCAUGUUUUCAAUCAGUUUGGUACCACUCACUGUUAUAGAGAAAAACACCCAGCAAUAUGUUUCCCCCGAUUUACAUAGAUAUAGGAGUUACCUUAAAGACUACCAUUUGACAAAUUCCUAUGGCUUGUUUAGAAGAAUGACUGGGGUCGGAGGUCGUCCAGAGGUCAUCAUAGAAGGCAGCAACAGCCCAGACUCGGGAUGGAAGGAGUAUGAGUUCUACUAUAAACCUGGAAAUAUCUCUAGAGUUCCACCAAUUGUGGCUCCUCAUCAGCCUCGCCUGGACUGGCAGAUGUGGUUUGCGGCUUUGGGCAGCUACCAGCACAACACCUGGUUUGUUCACCUGAUCUACCGACUGAUGACUGGACAGCGAGAGGUCCUGGAGCUGAUCCAGUACAAUCCAUUCCCCAACAAACCGCCAAAGUUCAUCAGGGCCAAGCUCUACCACUACCACUUUACAGGACAAACCAAGAAAGAUAAAUGGUACUCAAAGAAAAACUGGUGGGUACGAGAAGAAAAGAGUGAAUAUUUCCCAGCCUUAGAAAAGGAUAACUCAUCUCUGUUAGAUUACCUAAAAAGAACUGGACUGGUUAAGAAUGAAAAGAAAGAGAAGAGAACGCUGACCUGGGUUGGGUUUUGUGUUGAUUACAUCCGACAGCUGAUUGGACAACCCGAGGGAUUCUCUUUUGUAAUGACGAUCACAGGAACGGCUGUGAUGGCUAAUGUAUUUAGUCUUAUCCUAAAGUGAGGAUAAAACAUAUCUUAAAUCUCAUCCUGGAUCUCCCCUCACACUUUUUAUUUUAUAAAUGAUACUGGAUUUCAUGCAGUGAAUGUGUAUUAGCAGAAUAUUUGUUAAGGAUGCAUUAUUCUAUAAGGAAAUAAUCUGUAAGAGAACUGACCUUACAUUCUGUGUAUGUUUAGUAAAUAGAUCUAAGCAAUGUACAUGAGGAAUACCAAAUCUUGCCUCAAUAUGUUUUACUCUGAGCAGGUAAAAAUUAGAAAUCCAUUUUAUAUCUUCUGAAGUGCUUGUACCUUAUUAUUAGAUACCUUGAUUGCUUAUAUACCUGGUACUCUUGAUGGGUUUUUUUAAUUUAAAUGUUUUCUAUUUGUAUGGGUAUGUAAUGUAGAUGUGUGGGGAUAAGUCUAAUUUAUAUUAAUAUAUGUAUAUGUAUGUUAGAGCUGGGUAUAUUAUGUUUUUUCAUGGUGCUUGGUAUGAUAUUAUUAUCAUAAUAAACAUAAUCUGUUAAUUCGUUUUAGGAGAUUUUUGUUACAUGUUGCAAAAUUUAUAAUGGUGUAUCCACUCAUUUCGUCAUUUAAGAAAUUCAAACGUUAGAGAAACUGUUAAAAAAUGCUUGCAAAUAUGAAAUAAAAAAACAAAGAUUCUUCACAGGUACAUGUAAUACAGUGUACAUUUAGCAGUGUUAAUUGAGAGACUAUUGGUAUUGUGGCUUCCCUUUCUACAAUAUGGUAGUUACUUUAAUGAAUAUAUAGGCUUACUUUAUAUAGCCCCUGGUGCAACUUUUCCAGUGUAUGCUUGAUUGAUUUGGAAUUGUCUUGUUUGAUUAGUUAAAUUAACUUUAUUCUAUUAUCAAACUCAUUGUUGUAUGUAAAUGUACCUUCUCUGUUCAUGUGCCAUAUUAUAUUUAAUACUUGCUUCUUUUUUUCUGUCGUGUUCUAUUCAUUCAAUUGUUUGCACCCCUCGUUAAGUCUAAUGUAGAUUCCUUGUUUUAUACGAGCACUUCAUGUUGCAUUUAAGCCAUUUUUUUAUAGAAUGGUGAACAAUGUAAAAUUUCAAACACUGAAUUUUAUUAUUAUUUUUUACAUCACAUAUGUCAGAAAUUUAAAUUCUGCAAGAGGUGCUCCUUGCUAUAUUGAAUUCUUGUUUAAUUAGAAAUCUACAGAACUACCAUACUUGUGUUGUCUUGUGUUAUGAACAAAAUGAAAAAGCUAGCAGGACUAUGUCCUCCCAUUGAGGUCUUAUCUCAAUGUCAACUUUGUAAGGCUGGGAAUAUUUUAGAAAUAAACUCUUACUGGGGAUUGGGAAUUACUUUGAAUGGUAGCUAUGGAUGAAGAGUUGUCACACACAAGUACUUUUAUAAAUACAUUUAUACUGAUGUUGUCCUAUGCAUAGUGAACUUUAGAUAGUUUAAGAUUUAAUACAUGUAUCAUGAGUGCGGUAUUCAUUGAAUGUGUAACAGGAAUGAUUUAAUGCAUGUCUGUGUUUUAUUGUUCAACAGAAAUUGUGACAAUAUAUAUGAACUGUUAUCAUGUGACAUCUUUUGUUUUAUUUACUGUAAACAUAAUCAUUGGUAAAUAUUAUAUAAAAUAACUUCUAUUUAAUGCAAAUUGCAUUUAUAAUUCAUGAAUUAAUAAAAAAAAAUUGCUUUCGUUUUCAUGACAUUCAUCUUUAAUUUUAAUUCUCUAGUUAGAACCAAUUACCAAUAAUAACUUACAUUUGGAAAUUGCUCCAAAAAAUUUGAACCAGAUGCUGAGGGUUUAGCAUUAGUUCCCAGUGACUAUGCAUCAUUAAAUUAAAGUUUAUCCACAUGCACAAUUACAAAAUUUUGUCCUAGAAAAAAUCCAGGUUUGCAAUUAAUUGAUAACAAAAUAAAAACAUCAAGAUAAUUGAGAUGACUUUUUUUAUUUACAUUUUGUAUAAAUUACAACACCCUAAAAAUUUGGGUUUGAGUAUAUGCAUUGCACAGAAGAUGAACAAGUCGAAACAUGAUAUCACUGACAGAUAAAUUACAGGGUUGACAAACCAAAACAAGAAGACUAUGCCUUAAGCCAUAAAAAGAUAUUCUUAAAAUAAGCCCUUUUGUUAUAAUUGCAACAAACACUACACACAAAAGCAUAAAAUUAUGAACAUUUUAUUUAUUUGUAAAAAAUGAACAAAAUAAUGUUUUGUUUUUCAGCAGAUAAUAAACUAAUACUUAUUUGCUGCAAGUGACAAUUCAACUAAUAAAAAUAUUCACAACCUUAUUAAUGGACUAGAUAAAAAAAUAAGAUAAAAUGUGUAAUCGACAGAGACAUGAAAUUCAAGUUUUAUUUCUGGUGUUAAGUACCAUUUAUUAAUAUGCCUAUGUACUUGUGUUUAUCUCAACUUUACAGUAAUUCAGGAUUUUGACAGGAAAAAUUUAAUACCACAUUAAUUAUUCAUUUUGAGCAAACAAUUAAUUGUGAUUGAAUAGAUUAAAUCUUAUAUAUACAUGUAAUAAAGUACAUUGAAAAUACCUUUUUAUAUAACAUGAUUAUACAUGUAUAACUAGUACCUAAACACCUGUCAAUGCAAUUUUGUAGAUCUAUAAUAGUUUGUUCACGACACAACAACUGGUCAAACAAAAAAUCAUAACAAUACAAUUUCUUACUACACAGUAGCAAGGUAUUAAUAAAAUGAAUCCAUCUCAUUAAGAAUUAGGACAAGCUACAUGUACCUCUACUUGUAC